CGUGAGCGCGCCGAGUUGGAGGCCCGGCAGGGAGCGCGGUUGUGUGGUCGAGACCGCGCGGCGGUUGAGCGGCGGGCAGUGCCGUCCUGCGGGCGGGCGGGCGAGGCUCCGGUGGAGCGUCUGGACUGAGGCAUGAGGCUCUGGCUGCGCGGCCGGGCCCGGCAGCGCGUCGUGGGACGGGAGUGUUCGCCCACGUGUGGUUUGGCCCUGCAGUGACCAGAGCAGCCCAGGCCGCCACCAUGGUGAAGUUGUUGGUGGCCAAAAUCCUUUGCAUGGUGGGCGUAUUCUUCUUCAUGCUGCUUGGCUCCCUGCUCCCCGUGAAAAUCAUUGAGACGGAUUUUGAGAAGGCUCAUCGGUCGAAAAAGAUCCUCUCACUCUGCAACACCUUUGGAGGUGGGGUGUUUCUGGCUACAUGCUUCAAUGCUUUACUGCCCGCUGUGCGGGACAAGCUCCAGAAAGUGCUGAGUCUUGGGCACAUCAGCACCGACUACCCGCUGGCCGAAACCAUCAUGAUGCUGGGCUUCUUCAUGACCGUCUUUCUGGAGCAACUCAUCCUGACCUUUCGCAAGGAGAAGCCGUCUUUCAUCGACCUGGAGACCUUCAAUGCUGGCUCAGACGCUGGCAGCGACUCAGAGUAUGAGAGCCCCUUCAUGGGGGGCGCGCGGGGCCACACGCUGUACGCAGAGCCCCAUGCCCACAGCCACGGGCUGAGCGUCCAGGAGCUGUCGCGCUCCAGCCCACUGCGGCUGCUCAGCCUGGCCUUUGCCCUGUCGGCCCACUCCGUCUUCGAGGGCCUGGCCCUGGGCCUGCAGGAGGAGGGAGGGAAGGUGGUGAGCCUGUUCGUGGGGGUGGCCAUCCACGAGACACUCGUGGCUGUGGCCCUGGGCAUCAGCAUGGCCAGGAGCUCCAUGCCCCUGAGGGAUGCGGCCAAGGUGGCUGUCACCGUGAGCUCCAUGAUCCCUGUGGGCAUCGGCAUCGGCCUGGGCAUCGAGAGCGCCCAGGGCCUGCCCAGCAGUGCGGCCUCGGUGCUGCUGCAGGGCCUGGCCGGCGGCACGUUCCUCUUCGUCACCUUCUUUGAGAUCCUGGCGAAGGAGCUGGAGGAGAAGAGUGCCCGUCUGCUCAAAGUCCUCUUCCUGGUGCUGGGCUACACCGUACUGGCCGGCAUGGUCUUCCUCAAGUGGUGAGCAUCCCGCCACCACUGUGGUCACCCUGCCCUGUGCACGGACACGGGCCUUCCCCCAGUGGGGAGGGGGCUCAGGCCCCAGGCCGCAGCCUGCACACAGGGGUGCCUCCCCAGACCAGACCGUGCCCUGGAGCCUACACCCCGAGCCUGGGGUGCUGCUACUACUUUGAAAAAUACUUCUCUUAAAACAUUUACCGAA